AUGCCUCCCAAAGCUAACAAGGUAGCCGAAGACGGUACGACUGCCGCCAUAAAGGUAUUCCUCAGCGUCAUGAAGAACUGUGAAUCUGUCAAGCCUGCCUGGGAUAGUGUGGCGAAAGAAAUCGGUAUCGGAUAUGGCAAGAACGCUGCAUCAAAGUUCAAAGGUCUCGUGGAGAAGCAUGGCUACAAGUUCGAGGGCGGCCGUGUUACCUUGCCUGAUGGGGAGGGUGAUGGCGAAGUUGACGACGAUAAUGAUCCUGCCACCGCUGCCCCGUCUCCUGCUUUGAAGAGCACCAAAGCCUCCAAGACUCGCAAGUCGACCACCAACAAACGCAAGGCGGCGGCCGUCAAGGACGAUACUGCUGACGAAGCACCUACCAAACCUGCCAAGAAGGCUAGAAAGGCUGCUUCGAAGGACGAAACUACAGACGAGAAGCCUGCCAAACCUGCAACGAAGACGAAGAAGAUGGCUCCCAAAGAUGACACUGCCCACGAGGAACCUGCCAAAGCCACCACGAAGUCGAAGAAAGCCGCUCCCAAGAGUGAUGUAGCCGUUAAGAAUGAGGAAACCGUCAAGAACGAGGCAGAUGAUCAAGCCAGUGAGGAGGGGGAUGAUGAUGAUGCCAAAGCCAAGGUCGAGACCAAGGUGGCUCUUGUCGAUGUCUCUGAUAGCUCGCUUCUCACGCCUGAAGAAGCUGCAGACAUGGUCUAA